CCUACAAUGACCGACCAACUCCCCCACGUAUCCAACUGGAUCAACGGGGCGCACGCCGCCGCCACCCCCGAACGCAUCACGGUCCUCAACCCGGCAACCUCCACCCCGCUCGCAACCAUCGACGCCACGCCCGAGACCACCAUCGACAGCAUCAUCGAAGACUCCCUCACCACCUUCCAGAGCGGCACCUGGUCGCGCGCCGACCCCACCACACGCUUCACGGUCCUCACCACGGCCGCCCGGCUCCUGCGCACGCAGCUCCCGGACCUGAUCGCCCUCGAAACGGCGCAAACCGGCCGGCCGAUCCGGGAGAUGCGCACGCAGCUCGCGCGGGUCCCCGAGUGGCUGGAGUACUUCGGGUCGCUGGCGCGGGUGCACGAGGGGUCGGUGCCGCCGUUCAAGGGCCCGUCGGUGACGAACACGCUGACGCGGCAGCCGCUCGGCGUGGUCGCGCUGAUCACGCCCUACAACCAUCCGCUGCUGAUCGCGAUGAAGAAGCUCGGGGCGGCGCUGGCGGCGGGGAACACCGUCGUGGUCAAGGCGUCGGAGCUGGCGCCGCUGUCCGUGCUGCGCAUGGGCCCGCUCUUCCAGGCGGCCGGCCUGCCGGACGGGGUGCUCCAGAUCGUCAGCGGCUACGGCGCGCACACGGGCAGGUUCCUGUGCCAGCAUCCCCGGCUGGCCAAGAUCGAUCUGACCGGGGGCAUGGCGACGUAUCGUGCCGUCGCGGCCGUCGCGGCCCGGAAUCUGGUGCCGGUUACGGCCGAGCUCGGCGGCAAGGCGCCCGUGUGUCUGUUCGAUAGCCUCGAGGUCGACACGGCGGUGCGGGCCGCCUUGUUUGCGGGUUUCAUUGCCAGUGGGCAGACGUGUGUCACGGGAAGUCGGCUGUUGGUGCAUCGGGGGGUUUAUGAGGAGUUCAGGGAGGUGUUGAGGCGGAGGGUGCGCGCGUUGCGGGUGGGCGAUCCCACGGACGAGGCGACGCAGAUUGGGCCGGUGAUUUCACGGGCGGCGGUGGAGAGAUGUGCGGCGUUUGUGGAGAGGGCGGUGCAGGAGGGGGGGAAGAUUCUCUGUGGUGGUGGUCGUGUUUCGAGCAGGACAGGGUUCUAUUUCGAGCCCACGGUGAUCGAAACCCAUGCGGAUUCGGAUCUGGCGUGUAAUGAGGUCUUUGGGCCCGUGAUCGCGCUGCUCAAGUGCGAGUCGGAGGAGGAGAUCGUGCGCAUCGCUAAUAGUACCGCCUUUGCGCUGGGGGCGUCGGUCUGGACGAAUGACUUCAAGCAGGCGCAUCGCGUGGCGGACCAGAUCGAGGCCGGCAUUGUCUGGAUCAACGGUCAUCAUCUGAAUGACCCUUCGUCGCCCUGGGGUGGGUUCAAGGAGAGCGGCAUUGGCAAGGAGAAUGGCCUGGCCGCCUAUGAGAGCUACACCAAGCUCAAGAGUACGGUCGUCAACUAUGGGGUGCCGCCGGUUUGGUUCGAUGACGAGCCCAAAGAUGCGCGGUAUGGCUAG